AUGGCGACAACUCGGCGCUCCCUGUGGGCCCGCCGGAGUACAUACCUCGUGCUGCUCGUUGCGCUCGUCGUCAUCGCCGACGCGAACGUGGCGCAAGAACCGUAUACGUGCGAGCCGUGCUGCAUCAACAACAGCACCAACACCCAGCCGCCGCUCUGCUGCGAGCCCGGCCCGCAAAACAGUGUCAUUGGCGGUGCCUGCGUGGCCUUGCCCUGCUGCGUCAACGGCCGGUUUGAUGCAGACGAGUACAAGAAGAACCGCAAGCCGUGGAAACCAUGCCUGAAGUACCCUGGCUGUCGUCUCGACGAAGACCUCUGCAGCGUCGCCUUUCUUCCAAACGAUACCAGCCAGAACUUCCCAUGGCAGUGCACGAAGCCGUGCUGCAACAACGGCUACGUGACAGACUACACGUGGGACGCGACCGAGAACAACAUGCCGGGCCAAACCAACGCGGUCGUCGAGAUGACAUUCGACCCGAACGACUACAGCCGCGUGCUCAUAUCAAACGGCGAGCCCACGGGCACGUCAAUCCUCGAGAUCUUUGUGCGCAUCCCGACAGGGUGGGCGUGGAGCGCGACAUCGGGUGGGUGCACAAUCCAAGACUCCAAGACGGUCAACGCCAACCCUGUCAGCGGUCUUUGUCGAACGAUGCAGUGGGGCGACCACUCGUACAUUGGCCUGAACUUGAAGUCGGUCGCUGCCUUGAGCGCCGCCCGCUUUCGCAUGGUCUUGACCAACGUCUCGACGCCCAAGAGCGUGCUGCCGCCAGAGCACUUUCCCAUCUACUUUACCGCCAAGCUACCGAACGAAGAGUACCGCGUGUACAUUAGCGCCGGCUACGUGCGCAGCGUGAACGCGGGCCGCAUCUCGCAGCCUGCGUUCUUCACGGCUAACAUCCUCUCGCAAGCUGUGUCGAACGCGACGCUCAUCUUUCUCUCGGACGUCUUGCUGCCGAAGCAGACGCAGCUCAAGCUCGACUUUUUCAACAGCGGCUACACGGUGGGCGAUAGUUCUUUCUUUUACAAGACGCGGCCGUUAGUGGCGACCUACAAGCCCGACCCGAGAGUCUGGACCGUGACCCUGCCCGAGGACAUCGCGCCGAACGCGUCCGUGCUCAUCGAUGUGCACAACGUGCGCAACCCAGAGUCGCUGUACCAAGCGCGGUUCACGUCCAUCAACAUCACGGCUUCCGCUGGCGACUCGAUGCUGGCCCAAGGCGUGGUCGUGACGACAAUUAUGAAGGACCUCCAGACGUCGCUGCCUUCGAGCCCCUACAACUGGAUCUCGCUGGUGCUGCUCGUGCUGAGCCUCACGUUCUGCUUCCUUAUGCUCUUCAAGCACGGGCUUGGCAUCAUGCACUGGUCGUUCCACCCGAUUGCGAUCUUUAGCGACAUCACGGCGAUCACAGCCGUCACCGGUCUCCUUCUCGGGCUCGUCAACAACGUGCUGUGGAUCGCGGGAGACAUGAAGCACAUGGAAAACUACUUUACGAUCAAGUGCGGCGUCACGUCGCUCGCGUUCACGAUGCUUCUGAGCGUCUGCUGCCACUGGGCCUCGGUGCUCUCGCCGCCUGUCCGGAAGCUGCCCAAGUUUACACUCUUUGUGCUCUUUCUGUGCCUCAACGCGUGCUACUACGCAUUCCAGUUUGGCGCUGCGAACGUCCACCAAGACACGAUCCGCAAGGUCUACGAGGCCGAGAGCACCACCAACAUGCAGGACGCGGUGUACUCGUGCAAGAACGGCACGACGUUCCAGUACGUCUUCUCGGACAUCCAGCCGUACUUUGCGCUCUGCUACAUGGCCAACCAAAACCUCUCGCUAGCAGACCAGGCCUUCUUUACGUGGUUCUCCAACACCACGUACUCGGUCUCGGCGCUCCUCACGCUCGGCGUGCUCUUCCUCGGACUCAUGGUCAUGCACCGCGGCUCCAAGAUCAUGCAGCUCAUCGCGUACUCGCCGCAGCAAAUCUACCUCAUGAAGGCGCUGCGACUCUACACGUCGCUCAUCGGCGUCGUGACGGCCACGUACCUCAUUGCAUUCUCGAUGCAGUUUGUCAAAAACGAAGUCCCGUACUACGUUUGGUAUCUCACGACCGUCUGGCUCCCCCAGUGCGUUCCGCCAUGCUGCUUCAUCUUUCUCCAGUGGAACUCGGCGACCAAGUCGCUCCGCAAGAACGACGAGGAGACCGACUGCUCGUGCGAAGCCGUCGUCACGCCGCGCAUCAUUGGCAUCACUUUUGCAGAGAAGGACGGCGACGAUGGCUCCGAAGACCUUCCGCUCGACCGUGGUACGACUGUACUUGUGCCCGACACGUACUUGGAUGACAACGAAGACGAGAUGUUGGACGAUCUCCCCGCCUCCGUUGUUACGUCGUCGAGCCGUAGCUUCAUCAAGCAGCUGGACGCCGAGAUGUUGAGCCAAGCUUCAAGCUUUGGUGUCUCGCUCCGGCUUCUCGUGCCGCAGCACAUCCCGCGCGGCUGCUACGUGGCGAUCGAAACCCAAGAUGAUGCGGGGCAGUGGGUGCGCGGCGACUCGACCGACACGCUGGUCCCUGAGACGGUCCGCGACGAACAUCACGUGGCCUUUUUGUCGGUGCCGCAGAUCCUUCUGCCGCUUACGAGCUCGAUCCCCGUCCGGUUUCUCGUGUACACUGCUCGGACGCCUUCGACGCACUACGGCGCCAACACGAUCAAGUCGAACGCAAGCAGCAGCAGCAGCGCGCAUUCGACGCCGCUCGAUGGGCUCGAGUACCUGGAAGAAGAGAGCGACUCGGACGAUGAGGAUGACGAAGACGACGAGGACCAAGGCGACGACGACAUGCUCUUUGUGUCGCCGUCGGACCAGUGCGUGUGCUCGUUCCAGAUGGAGUCGCAGCUCCUGCUCGACCACAUGGAUCAUUUUACCGAGGCGCUGCAAGUGUGGAGCAAACCCGAAAACUGCUCGUUCUUGCUGCCGUGCCGUCUCGACAUCCAGAUGGUCCGCGACCAUGAGCUUCGGCGAACCCACCUCUCGAUGCUGCAGAACAACGCGCCGAAGACCCACACAACGACGCUCUUUACGUCGCCGGCCGACACGCUCCUGACGGCGCAGUUUCAUUUGCAAGACCAGGACAUCUUGGUCGUGGAAGAUCUCAUGGAGAGCCCGUAUACGAACGUGAUUCCGUGCCAAUACCUCGACAUCAUUCUCGCGCGGCGCACGAAGGAGUACCUCCUUGCCGAGCAAGAGCUCAAGCAGUUUCUCGCCCUCGAAGCGUCGCGGUUGCAGCGACAGCAGUCGAUGGGUUCGCUCUACGAAAACUUGCUCGAGCAGAUCCAGGAAGAGGCCGACCGUCGCCAGUGCCGCGACUGGCUCGUCGAACGCGCCAAGCUGCGCCGUGACUACGUCGUGCUGCUCAAGCGGGCGCGCCACGUGGUGUACGUGCGCGAGUCGCGACAACUGCGCUUCAAGGCGAGCACACAGAAGAAGGACUCGCUCCUGCGCUUCCUCCCGAUCAACCUGCAUGUCCAAGAAAUGCACGUCGCCAAGUCCAAGGCUGCCCAUGCCGACGCCGCCAUCUACGAGACGAUCACGGUCGGCGCCUUUGCGGCGCAUGUGCACAAGUUUAAGAACGGCGGCCUCCACAGCAUGCAGCAAGCGGCCACAAAGCUUCGGAGCCCGCUCAAGGUCUCCAACAUGUUUCCGUCGACGUGGCAGUACCUCUCGCAGUCGGAGCGCAAGCGCGUCGAGCUCGAGUGGGCCAUCGAGACGCGCCUCGAUGUCGUCGUACCGCAGGCGCUCUCGACGCUCGUGACAGCGUUCUGCCACAAACUGCAGCUCAUCGUCUCGGAGGACAAGCAGGCGCCGCUGGACCAACUCCUCUACAUGGGCUUUCUCUUUGAGGUCGAGUCGCUCCUCUCGACGCACGGUACCGAGAUCGGCAUGCUCGAAGACAUGAUGGUGGCCGUCGCGUCGCUCAAGCGCGUCCGCAUGCUCCUCGUCGAAGACGACGUGCGGGCGUCGUCGCCGAGCGAGGCCAAAGCGGGCAACCCCGUCGUGUGUGUCGAGCUCUACACCAACAUGGACGAUGCGCUCCUGGGUGCGCGAACGCACGCCCACGCGAAGUCGACGGACGACGAGUUUGUUGUACGCGUUCUGCUCAAGUGUCUCGGCAAGGUGCACGUGCCGCGGCGCAAGGCCACGGUCGUCGUGCACCCGCUUCUCUUCUCGACGGGCAUCAAUGAGAAGCAGACGCUGGCCAUGUCGACGCACAACCACAAGCGGCUGCAAGACUACAUCAACGAGGUCAACCUCGUGGCACUGCGCCCACUUGUCGCUGCGUACGUGGACCAACACGGCGGCACCCCCGACGCGGCGCUGGUGCAGGAGACAAUGGCGUUGCUCGAAGCCGCGGUCCAAGCGAGCAUGGCCAGCCGCAAGAAAAUGCCCGAGGUGCUCCAGCUCUCGUCGCGUAUCGUGCGACUGCUUCAUGGUGGUCGCGUCACGGUCUGCAAAAGCGCGAAAGAUCGAACGGGCAUGUCGGUGACCCUCGAACAAGGUCACCUGUUGCACUGGAACCACGAGCUCCCCAAGGCCAAGAUCCCCGAAAUCGUCUCGACGAUGCGGUCGCGCGGCGUGCGGAUAGAAAACGCGCUCAAGAACACGGGCCGGCGGCGGUUCGCUUUCAACGCGUUGCAGCGCUCAAUGCUGCCCGAGGAGUACCGAUGCCCACCCGAAACUGGCGGCCGCAACAUGUCAUAG